AUGGCGGCUCCUGAUAAUUUCGAAAGCGCCGAGAAAAACGUCAGUAACUCGACGGGCCCGAACGCGACCCUCCCCGAGCCUUACGUGGGUGCGGCCGCCAUCCUGGAGAACCUGCCGGUCUCCGUGCCCACCAUCCUGACCUACGCCGUCUGCUUCCUUCUCGGCACCGUCGGGAACGUGCUGGUGAUCUUCUCCGUGGCGCGUUUUCGGCGGCUCCGCUCCACCACCAACUACCUCCUGGGCAACCUGGCCACGGCGGACCUGCUGAUCGUGGCGCUUUGCGUGCCCGUCAAGGCGGCGGAGUUCUUCCUGCCGUCCUGGCAGCUGGGCGGCUUCCUGUGUAAGGCCACGGCACUCCUACAGUUCCUGUCCGUCAUCUGCUCCGUCCUCACGCUCACCUGCAUCUCCAUAGAGAGGUGA